AAUCUGCUGUGUGGAGCCCCACACGACAAGUUGCAGAGGCCACCGAAGGGAAAGGAGAAUCAAGCCAAUUUGCAGAGGUAAAGGCUGUCCAACUGGCCUUAGAUGUCGCUGAACGGGAGAGGUGGCCAAUGCUCUAUCUUUACACUGACUCAUGGAUGGUAGCAAAUGCCUUAUGGGGGUGGCUACAGCAGUGGGAGCAAAAUAAUUGGCAAAGAAAGGGCAAGCCUAUUUGGGCUGCUGACCUAUGGAAAGAUAUUGCUACCCGAACAAAAAAUAUGGUUAUAAAGGUGCGUCAUGUAGAUGCUCAUGUGCCCAAGAGUAGAGCUACAGAAGAUCAGCGAAAUAACCAUCAGGUAGACCGAGCUGCCAGAAUUGAGGUGGCUCAAAUAGACCUGGACUGGCAGAACAAGGGUGAGUUAUUUUUAGCUCGGUGGGCCCAUGAGACCUCAGGUCAUCAAGGGAGAGACGCAACAUACAAAUGGGCCAGAGACCGAGGGGUGGACUUAGCUAUGGAUGCCAUUGUACAAAUCAUUCAUGACUGUGAUACAUGCGCCACAAUUAAACAAGCUAAGAGGAUGAAACCUCUCUGGGAGGAAGGGCGAUGGCAAAAGUACAAAUAUGGGGAGGCAUGGCAGGUUGAUUAUAUCACCUUGCCACGAUCUCGCAAUGGUAAGCAUUAUGUGCUCACCAUGGUGGAGGCAACAACCGGGUGGCUUGAAACAUAUGCAGUACCCCAUGCUACUGCCCGAAACACCAUAUUAGGUCUGGAGAGGCAAAUCCUGUGGCGACAUGGCACCCCAGAAAGGAUUGAGUCAGAUAAUGGGACUCAUUUUAAAAAUUCACUUGUGGAUACUUGGGCCAGAGAACAUGGCAUCGAGUGGAUUUAUCAUAUCCCCUAUCAUGCACCAGCCUCUGGUAAGAUCGAACGCUACAACGGGUUGUUAAAAACGAUGUUGAAAGCAAUGGGUGGCGGAACAUUUAAACACUGGGAGAAGCAUUUGGCAGAAGCCACCUGGCUGGUUAACACCAGAGGAUCAAUCAGUCGAGAUGGUCCUACCCAAUCCAGCUCCCUACAUAUUGUAGAGGGAGAUAAGGUCCCUGUAGUACAUGUAAAGAACAUGUUAGGAAAAGCAGUUUGGGUUUUUCCUGCUUCUGGGAAGGGCAAACCUAUUCGCGGAACUGUCUUUGCCCAGGGACCUGGGUCCACCUGGUGGGUGAUGCAGAAAAACGGGGAUGUUCAGUGUGUACCACAAGGGAAUUUGAUGUUGGGGGAGUGCAGUCUGUAAUCCCAUGUGUUAAGCAUGAUGUAGUGAUGUAGAAUAAGGGGUGGAAUGUCAUGGUUUUAUGAUUUUUGGUCAUCAGUAUUCCACACCAUAACAUCAUGUAAUGCACUGGGGGUGGGGUUUGAUAUCUGCCGAAUGUUCGUCCGUCGGAGAACUAC